AUGUCGACGCAUGCGCCGAACCGCUCGGAGGACGGCGAAAUCACCUAUCUCCCCUCAUCUGCCUUUUCAUGGCUUGACUCGAAGCGUUCCGUCCUCGCCCUGGCCAAGAGGCUGAGAAGCCCGGGCCGUUCCGGGUUCCACAGUGACUCGGAAGAUGUUUCGUCGCAGAGCUCCGGAAGCACCAGCGAUGCGCUAAGCCAUUCACGGAGCCCGUCUGCCGCCAGCACGUACGCCGAGUCUCUCACCCACUCGGUAUCUAGUGUAGGCUCAACGCCGAGCACGCCAGGCACCUUUCCGUCGAGCCCUACGCCGUUUCUCUGCGACCAUGAUGCGAGUUUAAGUCUAUACAGGGACUCGUACAAAGACUCGGAGCUACCCCCUCAUAUAGAGACGCUCUAUCCCGAAGGAGGCGCGCAAUGCCGCCAGCCCUACUCUCCCCAGAUCCACGUCAUCUUGGAGGAGUCGGACGAGUGCGAUGAGCAUGUUGAAUAUUCACGCCACAGCUUCGAUUCCUUUCCAACCUUUAAUCUUCCCAUUAGGAUACGUCGCCUAAAGAACGGCAUCAUGCGGCGCCGUGGUAGCUCAGAUUCGUCUCAGUCGAGUAGACCAUCUAGCCCCUACCCAGACAUCGGCGGCCAGCAGCCGCCGCUAAACACGUCGCAUAACUUGAGAAUGUCUUCGCACCACCGUUCAAAGUCUCUUCCCAUUCUCGAGAGGCGUUCUAGUUUGCCGUCAUGCGCAGUACCGUUGGCAGAAGAACUGAGCACUCACAACCGAAGCUCGUUCGACUACAACACAACCUCAUCUCCUAAGCUUAAACGGAGUUCCUCUUGCAGACGCGAGGAUCGUGGAUACAAUGCAGGUAACUCCGGCGUCAAAUCCCUUAACGAUAAGCACCCGCCUCCCGAUACUGCCAGGAGCGAGGCGCGCCCGACCGAAUACCCACCUAGUACUCUGGGCUCCCUAGGCAGCCUCAAACAGGAAGUCAUAAUACCGCUGGGGGAUGGGGAUGCAGAGUCUGAGCUCGAUUCGUCCCUUGAAGGUGUUCGGCGCGACCCUGAAAUCAUUCAGAGAGCGCCAUAUAAGAACAUGGCAUCAUUCCGCAUCCUGAGGGCGACUGGGCUCCGGCUCAGCGCCGCCGGGGUCGGAGGCUGGGAACAGCGGCAACAGCACACGACGAUCAUCCGCCUCUUCCAAGGCGCCUGGUUCCGAGCGGCCCCCGCGACUCUCGGAGAAUACACAAUCCAGCGCUAUACUAAAAAUCCCUAUACCUUUGCGAAGGCUAGCCCCCAACGCGCGCAGCCUGCUCCUCAAGCGCCCCAUUCGCCCUCGCUGCCCCCGAUGAGCGAAUCCGACGACACGUCAUCGGUAGCAGAGGCGCAAGCCGAAUCGCAAAUGGCAAGCCCAGAAUCCGGAUUCCGGGAUUCUGGAAUCUCUCUCCGUUGCGAUGCGGAGCACAACUGCACAGCAUCGGCAGGCGGGUGCCUUUGCCAGCUUCGUAAUGAUUCCACAGAUAAGGUGCACGAGGAUAUCGAGGACUUUUAUAUCCAAGACUUCACUCACCAGCCGGAUAUCUCCCAGCAGUAUCCUGGGUGGAUUAACCCGGAAUUUUGGAAUCUGCCGCAGAGCAAUAUUGACGGGUCGCUCGCCUCGGACAUGGUAGCGGACUGUGACCCGAUGAAUGAAGACUACGACGGUUAUGCAAGCGGCCAAAAUCAUGCUGAGGCGCGAGUCCUUUCCUUGAGCAUUGAAGACUCUGAGCAGCCCUAA